UCCCAUCUCCCAUCUCCACCCGGGUCCAGUUAGAAUCACACCCUUCGCGCAGCGCGCUAGAAGAUGCCAGAGCCAAGGUAGCUGACUGGAAUGCGCUUCCCUGCGACUGUGUCCUGGUCGAAUGUUUUUCAUCAAGGUUUACAGAAUUUAAAUCCAUAAAACCAAAAAAACCGACGGUUUCUCGGUCACUCAGCGUAACGUUUUUUUGUAUUUAAAAAAAAAUCGAUCAGCAAAUAAUCUAUCAGAGGAACAUUUUUCCUGGAAAAGAAAUUACUUGUUUUAAAUAUAUAUAUAUAUAUAUGGUGAAAAUAAAUGGUAUGGCAAUCCAGAUUCUGGUGAUAUUUAACUCAGUAUAAGGUGUCAAAUUAAGAAGAAGAAGAAGAAGAAGAAGAAGCACAGACUGACCGCCAUGGCUGUGAACACCAAUACCGCACAGCCCCCUCUGUCCCCCAGCGCUGUCCCUGCUGUCCUGGAGGAGGAACUGCGGGCUCAGUCGGCGAGCCUGGAGCCCGGCCCCGCCCCUGUCACCCUGCAGCCCGUGAGGGAGGAGCAAAGCCCCGCGCCUGGCACACCCUCCCAGGAGCAUGUCCAGGCUCAGGAGGACCUGAUGAUCAUGGUGAACGAGGAGGCGAACAAAAGUAACGGCGUGUACCCGGGACCCGCGGAUUCGCCCCCGCCCUCGUCCCGCUCCUCGCCUCCGCGGCAGCAGCAGCAGCAGCCCAAAUCCCACGCCUACCCCAACGGCAGGAUCCGGGGGAGCAGCCGGUCCGGGUCGCUGGCCUCCAUGAUGGCCUCGCCCCGCCCCUCCCUGUCGCGGCAGCCCAGCACCAUCACCGAGGGGAUGGGCGACGGCAGCAAGGCGCACGACUACCUGUUCCUGGCCAUCCUGUCCUGCUUCUGCCCCAUGUGGCCCUUCAACAUCGUAGCCUUGGCUUACUCUGUUAUGUCCCGUAACAGCCUGCAGCUGGGCAAUGUGGACGGGGCUCGCCGUCUGGGCCGAGUGGCCAAGGUGCUGUCCAUCUUCUCGCUGGUGGGCGGGGUCAUCAUCAUCAUCACCCUCCUCGUCGUCAACUGGGGGCUUAUAUUGAAGUCUUGACCUGGACUUAUGGAGAAACCGCCAAUCACACCAUUUCCACCAUUUUCCCUUGAGAUUUCCAUACUGUUCCCAUGCUAUGCUGUUCUACUCUUCAAAUAAGAAAACCUGCAAAUCCAAGUGUGGAUGGUCUACUGGUCCAUAAGACGAGCACCACAAGAGGACCUUUGACUGCCUGAAGAUCAGACUAAUACAAGAUAUUCCAUUCAGGACCCCAUAAUGCAGGACCCCAAAAUUCAGGACCCCGCCAUUCCGGACCCCAUAAUUCAGGACCCCGCCAUUCCGGACCCCAUAAUUCAGGACCCCGCCAUUCCGGACCCCAAAAUUCAGGACCCCAUAAUGCAGGACCCCAUAAUUCAGGACCCCAAAAUUCAGGACCCCAUAAUUCAGGACCCCGCCAUUCCGGACCCCGCCAUUCAGACAGUGCAUGUCAAUUACGGAACAGCACGAUCUUCUCAGCACAGCUACUGGCUUUCCUGUCAUCACCCGACCCAAGGCCUGCAAGACUCAUCCAUUUUCACACUCCAAAUGCAUGGCUUAGCACAAAAACGUAACAAAAAAACUACUCCUGAACGUCCUUCUCGUGCCAAAAUUUGCGUGGAACACAUUUAGAGGUGUGGACAGAGAGAGAGAGAGAGAGAGAGAGAGAGCGGGACGCACGCAUCACACACACCUGCGAGUGUGAGCUGAGAAAAGGAGGAA